GGGUCGAAUCCCCUUUUUAGAUGAUUUCCACCACCACUUCUCUGUUUCUAAGUGUGACUCAAGCUCUUUCAUAUAUACUAGUAGUCUAGCAAACUAUAACUCUCAUGUAUGACCUUCCAUCCUCUAUCAAAUAUUAAAGAAAUUUUUUUUUCUUCAUCCAUCAUGACUUUACCUUUGUGGACUUGCCCUCCUCUUGGGCUCCUCUUAUUAGGAAAGCAAGUAGAGCUCCCCUUGUGAGAGAAAAUUCUUUGUUCUUAGAAAUGUUACUGGCAGAGUGCCAGUCUAAACAUCCUCUAGUUAAGGACUAUGUCAAGAAGUUUAUUCAAAACUUCCUCUCUCUCCUAGUUUCUAUUCCUCAAGCAAUAUUUAGCCUUGCCUCUUCUGAUUCUAAUGAGAAUGUAGAUUCAUAUUACAAAGAUGAGGGUCUGAAUACGGCCGUUGGACAUUCUGAGACACUCAAGCUAGUGAAAAAUCUCAUUGCUUCAAAGUUCCUUUCCCGAGAGGUAAAGGAAAGAAGAUUUAAGCCUACUCUUCAUUCUAUAAGGACCUGCUCUAAAGAGGCUAAGUCUAGGGAGGGAGCUUCCGCUUCAAAGAAGUCCAAGUCUAGCUUUCUCAGUCCAAUAGGAUGGUUGUCUGUCAAUUUUGCAAUGGCUACUAUCACCAACUUUGAGUCUGCCAAGAUGGUCACUAAGGACAAAUUCCAAGCAGAAGCCAAAGAGCUUCAAGCUUUGUGUUUUGCCAUGAUCUCCUAUUAUCAUCAAGCGGUUCCAGAUGCCAAUCUCAUAGUUGUUGAUGAAAUCAAUCUUCAAGAUUUAUCAGCCUUUGUCCUUAUAGAGUACAACGCUCAAGACCCUAAUCUAAAGGAGGCAUCUGAAUAUAAAGGAGAAUAAACUUUCAAGGUUGUUGAUCUUGAAAUGGCUAUUCAUCUUGAUGAUGGGAAAUUUUUUCCAUAACCUCUUUAUAACUUUUGAAAAUCUUUCUUUACAUACAACGAUUUUGUUUUUUCUUGGGGCAUGGUUUCCUCAUAGAUUGAGGCAUGGUAUCCUUGGGAUUUUUCUCUUUUGCUACAUUGUACAGAUACUUUUCUUAUCUUAUAUAUGCCUCAUCGUAUCUAGUUGACUAAUCCU